AUGAAGAAAGACAGCAACGGAAGCCAACGAGCCAACAACCCACAAGUGGGCGGGGUGGGUCACUUAACACAAACAUCGGGCUGGCUGCCUGCCUGCGAGGACUGGAGCAAUCACGAGGAGCUCUCUUAUGGCUGGGAGCGUGCCAUAGAUUCCAAAGGACGUUCCUACUACAUCAACCAUUUGAACAAGACGACGACCUAUGAAGCACCCGAGUGCAUACGCUGGGAUGAGCAUCCGCCGGAGCCGCGUCUGGUGCAGCUGCAGCGCAGCUCGAGCCUGGGCUUUGGCUUUGUCGCCGGCAGCGAGCGGCCCGUCAUUGUGCGCUUCGUUACCGAGGGCGGACCCAGCAUAGGCAAACUGCAGCCAGGCGAUCAAAUCUUGAGCGUGAACGGCGAAGAUGUCAAGGAUGCGCCACGUGAUCAUGUAAUACAACUGGUGCGUGCCUGCGAGUCGCAAGUCUCGCUGCUCGUUUGCCAGCCCAUGUCGCAUUGCGUGCUGCCCGGUCGCAAGUCCACGCUCCUCUCCGCCGGCAAACGCGCCAAGCUGCGCUCACGUCCCAGUCGCGUACGCUUUGCGGAAAGCGUUUGCGUCAAUGGCGCUCCACUGUUUCCGCCUUCGGCAUUUUCCUUGGGUGACAUCUGUGUGCCACCCAUGGCGAAUGUGUUGAAGGUGUUUCUGGAGAACGGACAGACCAAGUCGUUUAAAUACGAUGCCACGACUACUGUGCAGGAUGUGGUUAGCUCGCUGCUGGACAAGCUCUGCCUCUGCUGCGGCGAACUCUUUAGCCUGGUGCUGGAGCAUGUCAAGAGUCUGAAGCGCAACAAGUUGACGCUGCUCGAUCCACAAGAGUCGCUGGCACGCAUUGCAGCUCGUCCGGGUGCGCAUAAGUUGCGCUGUCUGUUUCGCAUUACUUUUGUGCCCAUUUCGGCUGCGGAGCUGGCACAACGGGACCUGCAUGCCUUGGACUAUCUCUAUAUGCAGUGCUGCAAUGAUGUGAAUCAGGAACGCUUUGCGCCGGAGCUGCAGCCAGAGCUGGCGCUGCGCCUCGCUGCGCUGCACAUGCAUCAACAUGCGUUGGCCAACAACUUUGCGCCCGCCAAGCUCACGGUCAAGCAGGUCGAACGCGAAUUUGGGCUGGAACGCUUUGUGCCCGUUAGUUUGUUCGAGGGCAUGAAGCGCAAGGAGCUGCGACGCCUCAUCUCGCACUUCUUGAAGCUCAAUGCCGAAAUGACGGGCUCAUCGACCAAGGUGCUAACGCAGCUGCAGGCGAAACUCUAUUAUCUAGAUAUAAUUGCUAGUUUACCAAGCUAUGGCGCCAAAUGCUUCAGCACAAACCAAAGAGAAGGCAUGGAGCGUGUGCUGCUCGUCAGUCCGCGCUUCGGCCUCAGUCAAAUAUCUAGUGCACGCAAUUCUGUGCCGCAGCCAAUUUCAGGCAUACAGGACUUUACGCAUGUGAUGGUUCAUCGCGAGGACGAUGUCACCUGCAGUGUCACCAUCUAUAUGCUGGGCGAUCGUGCUGUCAAGUUUAUAAUGGAGGAUCGCGAUGCCUGCGAGUUCAGUUUGGUGCUGGGCGGUUAUUAUCGCCUGUUGACGGGCAAUGUGCUGAACGUGCUGCGCGAGCGUGAGCCACAUGAGGAGGACAAUGCGCCGUCGUUUCUGGCACAGCACACUGUGCUGCCCGCCAGCUGGAGCUACCUGUUGCCCUUCCAUACGCGUGCGCAUAGCGUUAACUUUUUGAUGACGCCCCCAUAUCAUCCUAUGCCGCAGCAGGCGGUGCUGUCACAGCCGCAGCUGGUGGCACAGCCAACGCAGCAGCAGGCUUUGAGCUAUGCCAUGGAUCUGGAUCUGCACAGCGUCAUGGCCACCGAGCUGCUGGAGGAGGCGGCCAAGGAUUCGGGCUUGAGUGACAGCAGCGGCAGCAAUUACUGCAGCGACGCAGGACGCAGCCAGCUGGCCGUGGAGGCCAAGAACGAGCAAGUGCUGCGACGUGUGCAAGAGCUGCAGCAACUGGUGCAGUCAUCCGAGCAGUAUCUCAAUGAGCAGGAGCAGGAGCUGCAGCAUUUGCAGCUGGUGCAGCAGCAGCAGCAAGCGCAGCAAAUUGGCCAGAGCAUGGCCAUGCUGGAGUUUGACAGCGACUGCGAUAGCUUGAACAGCAGCAAGGUAUCCUCCACGGAGGACACUAACCAGAGCCAUACGGGCGGCGCUGUGACGCCUUGCAUGAAGCACAGCGACUCCUUGACGCUGCUGGCGGAGAGCAUAACCCACGAUCUAAGCGGCAUUGCGCAAGGACUCAAUGCCAUACCGGAGCCGGUGUCUGCCUCGGCGCCGCCCACGCCCGCCACGCCCAAGCGCAAGCCCAGCCUAUGCAGCACCAGCAGUCCGCGCCCGCAACGCAAGCUCAAUGGCUUCAGUCAGCUGCUGAGCGAUCUGCAGGCACUCGGCACGGACUUUUCGCAAAGCGAAAGCGACUCCGAGUCGGUGGCCUCGCCAGCACAGUCGCCCACAACGCGGCGGCCAUCCCAGCUGCUGCAGGCAACAGCCGCAGUUAAGCAGCCGCUGGCCCAGCGCAGCAGCUUUGGCCUGCAUAGUCCGGAUGGCACGCACUUUGGAGCGGAGACCAAGGACUACAAUCUGCGCGAGUAUUUGCAGCAGCUCAAGGAGAUUAGCAAUGUGCCCAAUGCGGAUACAGAUGUCGCCGCGCGUCAGCUCUCCGAGAUCUAUGGCUUUGAGGUGCGCGAGGAUACGUUCAUCGAAACGGAUACGGAUCUGAUUGACUUGCGGGCCAUACCGCCGCCGCAGACGCCCGAUGAGCUGGACUCGUUGUCGCUCAUGAAUGCAGCGCCACCCAAAGGCUUUGAGGGCAAGGCCGAGGAGCUGGACAGCUUUCUGCAGCAAAUGCUUGUGGCGCCGCCCACACAAAAAGCAACGCCCGCCAAGGAGCUGACGCCCGAGGAGAUUAUGUCGUACAUUAUACCGCCGCCGCCGAAUCUAGAGGCACAGCCCGAACAGGAGUGUCUCUACAGCAACUCGGUGCAGGCCAAGCGCGAGUUUUUCCAAGCAGUGGCCAAUGGCAAUGGCAACUACAACAGCAGCAGCAACAACAACAACUACAAGGAGUCAGCGCCACGUGUCAUUGAGUAUCCCACAGUGGAGCGCAAAAGCAAAUUCAGUUGUUGUCCCACCUCCAAGAAGGAGGAAUCCACGCCCGCCGAUACGCAGCCGUUGCAGCCACCACCGCGUACGCCCACCUCAGAUCAGAUGACACCGCCGCCGGCGCGUCCACCCAAGAGCGCUGAGCUAAUGCAACGUUACUCGCCCAAGAAGCAGCUGCGCAUCGUUGGACCAGUUAGUGUGCCGGUGCGUGAGCUCUGCCCGCCACAGCUGCCACCACGCAUCAGUCCCACAAACGCCGCCACCACGGAUGCGCCACAGCCUACAGCAGCAGCAGCAGCUGCAGUUCCAGCGGUGGUAAGUGCACCCAAGAAACCCCCGCUGCCGCCUAUUGCCAGUCGCCCACGCCCCAUCAAUGGCACGCCCAGUUCCAACACACCGCCCAUACCGGCCACCGUACGUCUACCCAAUGCGCAUUCCAAUGGGCAGCCACAGCUGCCCAAGAAGCCGCAGCAGCUGCACGGCGAGAAGCUGUUCAUCAAGAACGGCCACCUCAUCGACGGCGAGGCGCUGCUGGCCAAAACGGACGUGGCCAUGGCCGGUCUGCUCAUCAAGCUGGAUCAAGUGGCCGCACAGUGCUCGGCAGCCCAAUCCGCCGGCGGCGGCACCAGCAUCGAUGAGGAGAAGUUCCAACGAGCACGCAAUGAGCUGACCGAGCAAACGCUAGCACUGGUCACGGCCAGCAAAUUUCUGGUCGCCUCAAUGUCGGACAUGACGCUAAUAACGCUGCCCGAUCAUCUCACCUCCUGCCUGACGGCCAUACGGCGCAUCACGGAGCUGGCGCAGGACAUGACGCGGCACACAUCGGCGCCGCUGCAGACGCGCAACAUUGUGCUCAAGGUGCACGAUGUGGCCAGCAGCUUCCGGGAGCUGGUGGGCGUUGAGAUUGGUCCCAUAGGCGCUGGCCAAUUGGCGCUGCAUGCCGAGUGCCUGGCCAAUGUGCUGGCCACGCUGCUGCGCAGUCUGCGUGUCUUCUCGCCCUAGGAACCGCAACCGGAGCCCCAACCCGACCACGACAUAUCGCUCGAGCCAACUGUAUCCAGUGUAUAGGCAUAUACCAGUUACAUUUAAUGUCUGCAACUAUUUUACAGGUAAAUAGCAACGUCAGAGAGUCGUCGGUCUGAACUUAGGCUAGGCGUAGCUAAAGAUAAGUAAGCAACUUUAAUGGAAUACACUCAAGCAUAACUAAAACGCAUAAGUCUCGUGUUCAGAUGUUAAAGCGUAAAGAUUUUCAACUUCUUAAAUCCCAAUACAAUACUUAUAGCAAGUGUCAUACACACACACACACACACACAUAUAUGUUUAAUUAAUAAAUAAUUAUGCAAUACGGAAUGCUCAAAGGUGGACGCCGGAACACGAAACUAUCCCCAAAUAAUAUUGUAACUCUAUUUGAUUCUCUCAACUAUAACUGCAUGUAACUAACUCGAAUUUCUGUGUAAUCUCCUAAAUAGUUAUCCAAACCUAUACAUAUACAUAUGCAUAUGUAUGUAGCAUAUGUGUGCAUACUAUAUCAACUUUUAAACUAUUCUUAUCUUAUUGUUAGUACUGUAUAAUGGAAUUCCAAUUUAUGGAACAUCAUGACUUGAUUAUAGACCAAUUUAUCAACAAGAACAAGAACUCUUAUACAAAAUUUAAAAUGUUUGUAUG